GAAAGGAGGAGAAGCAUGGCCAAGGACGAUGGGGGGAAGCAGGCUAAGGGUCGCAAGCGCCGCGGCCCGGCUCCCUCCACGGCAAGGAAUCUCCGAUCGUGCACGAGCAGCGCCAAGGUGACAUUGUCGGAUGGCGAAGCCAAAGCCCCGGGAUCGCGCGAGGAUAUGGUGGUGAGCUUGGAAGAGAUCGAGAAUGUGGUUGUGGCUGUGAGCGAGGACGGUACUGCGCCCAUCACUCCUCCUACUCCCGCUCCACAGGAAGAGGAGGAAAGCCUCGACGACAACUGGAAAGAGGUUACGAGGGCCGUAUGCUACGAAAUGGACGCCGACUUCUCUCACGGUGACGGGCUUCCGGAGAUGGAGACCAUCGAAGCGCCUCCAAAGGAGCCGAUCACUGUCCCGGACGAUCUCGACGAGGGGCUCAAGCUGCUGGUGAGCAAGAACAGGAUGAGGAAGACCGAGGUAUUCAAGCUCAAGCUCGCAAUAUACCAGCUCUACUCGAAAGUGGGAAUUCUGGAAGCAGCCAACGCGGCAGAAGUGACACAGAGAGAGGAGCUCGACAAGUCCAAGGAACACGCGAGCAAGCUCCAGGAGGAGCUUAACAAGGCCGUGGAGGAGCUCAAGAGGGCGAAGGAAGACAACACCGGGCUCAAAGCUCGGGUGGAGGAGCUGACUCGCGCCAUCGACGCGGAUCAGGACGAGGAGAAGGCGAGGAAAGCCGAGAAGCUCGAGAAGGAGAUCGAGAGCCUCAAGUCGCAGAUCAAGCAAAAGAAUGGAGUCAUCGCGCUGCUGCGAAACAGCUACGGCGAUCCACGAGCCAGUCUUGCCGCGAGGCAGUUUAUGACACCAUAGCUGCGAAGUAGCCCAAGUUAAGCAUGGCACCAUAGCUGCGAAGCAACCAUAGCAUACCAAGUAAGCUCUAGUGAAGAUCUCUGUGUAGCUAACUCUUCGUCCUCUAUACAGCCAUAGUAACUUAGCAGCAGCAAGAAGGAAAAGAAAGGAGAAAGUUUUGGAAAGCUCUCUCACUCUCUUGACUACUUUUAUUCGUUCGUGUUCCACACGAAGAUCUCGAAGAGGGUGUGGAGAAAAGCGAGAAAAAGCUCAAGGUGGUGGUGACAAAACAAAGGAGGUUCUCGUC